AUGAAACCUCCACUCUUGGCACUUACUGUGUAUCUGCUGUGGUUGAAAGGCUGUCACAGUGCACCCACUUGGAAUGACAAAACUGCUAUCGAUGGAAACCUGAAGAGUUUUUCAGAUACAGGGUGGAUAGAUGCAGGAGGAGAGGUGGAGAAGGCUUUGAUUGGCAUUAAGCAGAUGAAAAUCUUGAUGGAAAGGAGAGAGGAAGAACACACCAAACUGAUGAAAACCUUGAGGAAAUGCAAAGAAGAAAAGCAGGAGGCCCUGAAGCUUAUGAAUGAAGUUCAAGAUCAUUUGGAGGAAGAAGAAAAGUUAUACCAGGUAUCUUCCGCAGACUCCUGGGAUGAGUGCAGGUCUUGCCUGGAAAGUAACUGCAUGAGAUUUUAUACAACUUGCCAACCUGGUUGGUCCUUUGUGAAAAAUAUGAUGGAGCAGUUUCUCAGGAGGAUGUACCAAUUUCUGUUUCCUCUCAGUGAUGAGGCAGAAGAUCGCCCUACCAGUGAAAAGCUCACAGAGGAAGAUUUACAAGUGACCCAAAUGGAAGAUGUGUUCAGCCAGCUGACUAUGGAUGUGAAAUCUCUCUUCAACAGGAGUUUUUGCAUCUUCAAACAGAUGCAGCAAGAAUUUGACCAGGCUUUUCAAGCAUAUUUCAUAUCUGAUAUAGAUUUAGUGGAGCCUUACUUUUCUCCAGCUUUACCUAAAGAACUAACCAAAAAGGAGGAACUUGGGCAAAGAUGGGACAUUUCCAGCUUCUUCCAGAAGUUUUGUGAUUUCAGUCUCUCUCUCUAUGGAAGAGUCCAAGAAACAAUUACGAAGAUGCUGAAUGCAAUAGAGGAUUCGUGGAAACCAGACAAAGAGUCGGAUCAGGGAGACCUGACUUCAGAGAUGUUACGUGAUGAGGAUGGAGGAUUGUGUGAGGAACUUGACCAGAAUGUAUCUGGAUGUUUCAAAUUUCACAAAAGAUGCCAAAAAUGUCAGGAUUACCUAUCUGAAGACUGCCCUGAUGUACCUGAACUAUACAUAGAAUUCCUUGAGGCCCUAAAAUUGGUCAACAUAUCCAAUCAGCAAUACAACCAGAUUGUCCAAAUGGCCCAGUACCACCUGGAUGACACCAGAUAUCUGAUGGAGAAAAUGCGAGAGGAGUUUGGUUGGGUGUCUGGACUGGCAAGGUAUACCCCAGCAGCUGAGGACAUCUUUAAUUCAACAAAGGCAGUUUCAAGCAUCCCUGAAGAAAAUUCUUCCAAACAAGAAGAGAUGAUGGCAGACUUGCACAUUCUGCCUCCCCUUAAUUCCACACUUAAGACCCCUCCUGAAGAAAGUGCUGAGAGCUUCAAUUUCAUUGACUAUGUGGUGGCAAAAGUUCUACAGCAUAUUAAGCAGCAUUUGAAAAUUUGGUAA